GGCAAAGUGGCUGUUGGCUCCUCCAGUGCUGUUGUGGCAGCCUUAUUACCAACCCCAUCCCAGGACAGACACUCUCCCAGCAGAGUUGGGGACAUCUUCAAGCUUCCAGGCAGGCUGAGAAUCCAGCCCUCCCUGUGGAGCAAGGAUGACGUGAUCCACUGGCUGAGGUGGGCUGAGAAGGAAUAUUCCCUUCGGCCAAGUGACGAAAGCAAGUUUGAAAUGAAUGGCAAAGCUCUGUGCAUCCUCACCAAGGAGGACUUCAGACACCGAGCCCCCAGCUCAGGUGAUGUGCUUUAUGAAAUACUCCAGUUCAUCAAGAUUCAAAGAAGAGCUCUGGUGUGCAGCCCCUUGCUGACCUCCCCCUUUGGAGAAGCCAGGAGCCCAGAGGAAGACUGCAGGUUGCUGUGGGAAUAUGUGUACCAGCUGCUCUCGGACAGUCGCUACGAGCCCUACAUCAAGUGGGAGGACAAGGAGGCCAAAGUCUUCCGGGUGGUUAACCCAAAUGGACUUGCCCAGCUCUGGGGGAACCACAAGAACCGAACGAACAUGACCUAUGAGAAGAUGUCACGAGCGCUCAGACAUUACUACAAACUCAACAUCAUCAAAAAGGAGCCCGGGCAGAAGCUCUUGUUCAGGUUUUUGAAGACUCCUGGGGAGGUUGUCCAGGAGAAAUCCAGCAAACUGGAGCAGCUGGAGAAUGAGGACCAUGAAGAUUUGAAAGAAGAUCCACUGGAGGGUUCACCAUAG